AUGAACCUAGACGAAAUCCCUUCUUUGCAAUUGUCGCUUGUUUCACAGGUUCGUGAUAUUGAACAGGGGCAGGUGCCAGGUGGUAGAGUAGGGGUAGGUGGCGAUGUAGGGACAGGAGAUGGUGUAAGAGACGUUGAAUUUGGUAUCAUUAUAUUGAAUAGGGACGGUAAGGUUGGAGUUGAAGACUCCAUAACAAUAGCAUACAAGCAGGUUGUUAUGGACCUAAUUGUUUUAUCCAGACCGGUCCAGACCAUUAAGACCGGUCCGACCAUGGUCUUGAGAAAUCCUCAGACCAGACCAAGUCUUGGCGGUCUAGACCAGACCAAGACCAAGUCAGACCAGACCAUUCCGAUCACUGGUGUCCAAGGAACGAGCACGUAA